GUUUUCUCGCGUUUUGUUAUCUUCUUGUCAGCGCUCGCUACGAGGACUCAGCAACCGAGCAUAUAAACCAAAGACAUCGCCACUUACAGCAGUCACUACUGCAUUUCGACCAUCUGCGUAUUCAACACCAUUUCGAUACUUGUCCGCCAUGACCGAAACUCCAAAGUUUACAAAUCGCCUAGCGAAAGAAAAGAGCCCAUAUUUGUUGCAACACGCACAUAACCCGGUCGAUUGGUAUCCAUGGGGAAAAGAAGCAUUCGACAAGGCUGUGGCCGAGAAUAAAGUCAUUUUCCUCAGUGUCGGCUACAGCACCUGCCACUGGUGCCAUGUUAUGGAGCAUGAAUCCUUUGAAAGUGAAGAAGUUGCUGAUAUCAUGAACAAGUUUUACGUCAACAUCAAAGUGGACAGGGAAGAGAAUCCCGGUGUAGACAAGAUGUACAUGACUUACGUUCAAUUGACUUCUGGAAGAGGUGGAUGGCCAAUGAGUGUUUUCCUAACUCCAGACAAAUAUCCCAUCUUUGGCGCAACGUAUUUUCCACCUGAUGACAAACACGGUCGACCAGGGUUCAAAACUGUCUUGAAGAGAGUCGCACAAAUGUGGGAAGCGAAUCCGGAUACCUUGAAAGAAAAUGCUACUGAUACUAUUGAGCAGCUCAGAAGUUAUGCAGAGCAAUCUGGGACUGGAUCUGCUGCCAUGGACUUUUCAAAGAUUACUUCAAGCGUUUAUGAGCACUUGGAGUCGUCGUAUGAUAGCAAGCAAGGCGGUUUCGGCGGAGCACCAAAGUUUCCUACCUCUUGCCAAUUUGCAUACCUGUUGGACUAUCAUCAUUAUAUGAAAAAAGAAGGCAAAAAGCAAGCUCAAAAGGCUUUGGAUAUGGUUCUUUUUACUUUGAAGAAAAUUGCUCAUGGCGGUAUACAUGAUCAUGUUGGAAACGGAUUCCAUAGAUAUAGCACGGACGAUCAAUGGCAUGUUCCUCACUUUGAAAAGAUGCUCUACGAUCAAGCACAGCUCCUCUCAACCUAUGCGUCUGCCUACAAAAUCACUAAAGACGACUUCUUUGCGGAUACCAUGAGAGACAUCAUUAAAUACGUCGAGCGGGAUUUGCAACACGAUGGCGGCGGCUUUUACUCUGCUGAAGAUGCAGACUCAUAUCCAGAAAAAGGUGCUACCAAAAAACUUGAGGGAGCAUUCUGUGUCUGGGAAAAAUCAGAGUUGACAGAUAUUCUUGGAGAAGACGAUGCUGAUAUCUUCUCUCAUCAUUAUGAUGUUAAGAAGAAUGGUAACGUUGAUCCAGCACAAGACCCACAUGGAGAACUGGAAGGCAAAAAUGUUUUGAUCGAACGAUCGACUGCCUCAGAAACUGCGAAACAAUUCAAUAUUACAGAGGAUCAGGUGAAUGAUGUUCUUAACCGGUGUAAAGACAAGUUGUGGGCUUUACGACUGGAGAAGCGACCGAAACCUCAUAGAGAUGAUAAGAUCUUGACUUCUUGGAAUGGUCUUAUGAUAUCUGGACUGGCUCAAGCAGCUCAAGCGUUACAAGACCCGAAGAUUGGCCAGUUAGCUGAGAAAGCUGCCCUGUUCAUCAAGAAUAACAUGUAUCAAGCGGAUUCGUCUACUCUGAUUCGAAGCUAUAGAGAAGGACCAUCCAGUAUAGAGGGCUUCCUGGAAGAUUAUGCUUUUCUUAUUCAAGGCCUCAUAGACCUUUAUGAAACUAGCCCUGACGAACAGUGGAUAGAAUGGGCAGACCAACUGCAAAAGAAGCAGGAUGAAGUGUUUUAUGACAGCAAAAAUGGUGGAUACUUCAGUGUAGCUGAAACGGACAAGUCGAUAUUGCUUCGAAUGAAAGAUGAGAGCGAUGGAGCGGAGCCAUCUGGCAAUGCUGUUGCCCUGAAGAACCUAUUGAGACUCGGACAAGCUUUGGAGGAUCAUGCAAUGAUCGAUCGUGCUGGUUUCACCGUCACUUCUUUCCAUAGCAUGUUGACUAAGUACCCGUUUGCUAUGCCUGCUCUCGUAUCUUCCUACAUGAUGUAUGACAAAGGGGUCAAGCAGGUGAUUACUUCUGGCCCCCUGGAUGAUCCGACUGUAAAAGAAUUCCAUCGAUUGGUCAAUGAAACUUUCCUUCCCAACAAAUUGCUUGUGCAUGCACAACAGGGAAGCUUCAUAGCCUCCAAGAACCCUACCGUGAGCACAUUGACUAACCAGGACCAAAAACCCUUGGUUCAUAUUUGUGAGAAUUUCACCUGUGGAAUGCCCAUGGAAACGGUGGAGGAACUGGAAAAGUCGCUACAGUAAUAUCAUCGUUUUUUUUUUUUUUUGUUUUGGCCUAACACGCCGAAUAACAUGACUGCAAAAAAUAUCUCUAUUUCCUUUGUUUUGUCUCCGUACCUAUAUUCUUUGCGUUUAUAACUUCAUCCACCCGAUAAAAAUCUGUAAUCAAACAUGGACGAAAAACGUUUCAAAUUAACUGACG